AUGGCUUCGGCCAGAAAGGCUACUGUCACCACCUUCUCAUCCACGACUUCCUGGUCGCUUCGCCGAUCGGGUUCACAUCUGCCGCCACAGAUGCCGACUUCGAAUUCGACAUUCUCCAGCACCAACUCCAGCCGCAGGCUCACCGACCGCACUGCCGAGACUUCCUCGGGAGAACCUAGUCUGAUACCAGAUCAGACGCCUCCUGAGCGGAAAUUCACAGGCAGCGAGGCGAAGCACGUCCGUCGUCGAUUUUUCGAGGCGGGGGAGAUGCUCAAGCCAAAGCCCGGAUGCGUCCUGAAGGACGACGGCAAACUGUACGCGAGCGGCGUCUACAUCUGCAACUGGAAGCGACAGACAGUGCCGUUUGAUCUGUACUUCAAGAUGAAGCGCAUUGUCGAAGGUUGCGCCGACACCGGCGGCUCUCAUGUUUCGUACAUGGGUCACCUGAUUGACGACGGCAGCAUCACUUCCAUGACAAGCAAAGCUCCUUCGCUUCGAUCCUCUGGCACGCAGCCCCCAGAGAUCCUCAAGUUCGGCGAGACUAUCGCGGCGGAGAUCGAGAGGGUCAGGAUGGAGGUUCAGGGGAAGCCAUGCAAGCAGCAGAUCGAGGUCGACCAGCAGUCGGAUGCGGAACGGGAACACCGAGCCGCCGCUCGCCAGUUUCGCGAGAUGUUGGCAGCCAAGGAAGAUACGAAGAGCAUAUACUCAGACGUAUCCACCUGGCAGUCGUCUCAGGCAUGGCCACCGAUGCCGGCACGACGCUCCCGUUGGAACGGGAAGAUGAUGGCCGCAGCCCGUGCGGAGGGCAUUGAGCUGCCUGUCACGCCAGCAGCCAAUGCGCAGCCCUUCCGAUUCGCCACGAAGACAAGUCUUGCGCAAGCCUUCCGGGAUGCUUUGUCACCCGAGGCACAGCGUGAAUUCGAUCUGAGGGACCCACCUCGGAGGCCUCAACCACCUCAUCCAGCCUCAAGACCGAAACGAGUCGCGCGAAUCAGGAGCCGCAACCCGGCACCAGAGAUCAGCUAUCGACGCGAACCAACGCCGACGAUCGACCCCGUUGCGGAGCAAGGACCGCUUGUCUCCCAUGCAGAGUGGGAAGAUCGACUUUCGAAAGGCGGCUUCUACCGAAGCGAUCGCGAACCGGUACCGGAACACCAGCCCGAGGUCGAGGUCGGCUACCUCGUGGCGGCAAGGAACAUUGUUUCGGAGCUGUGGACUAUGGCGAAGGCCAAGGUCAACAGGUGGUUGUGGGGAGGGUGA